CCCGGAUCAUGGGAGUGCCCUGGGGACCCCCUCCCCCAUUCGUGCGUGGUCUCCCCACCGGCGCUAACGCUCUGCUCCUGCCUCCCCAGGUCGAAAGUCACCUUUAAAAUCACGCUGACCUCGGACCCGCGGCUGCCCUACAAAGUGUUAAGUGUGCCUGAAAAUACACCUUUUACAGCUGUCUUGAAGUUUGCUGCAGAAGAGUUCAAAGUUCCUGCAGCAACAAGUGCCAUUAUAACAAAUGAUGGAAUAGGAAUAAACCCUGCACAAACAGCGGGAAAUGUUUUCCUAAAGCAUGGUUCAGAACUAAGGAUUAUUCCCAGAGAUCGUGUUGGGAGCUGUUAAUAUCUACUGAAAGGUUUCGGAACAAGUGAAAUCUACGUGCUAAAGAAUAAUAUUUAUUUUGGAAUUCUACAUUACAACUAAUUAUAAUCAGCUUGUUUUACUGUUUUUUUUCAGUGACUUCCUGGGAUUAAAAAUUAAUUAAAACAAUUUUCAUUUUCUUUCCCUGUAAACAAAUCAGAAGCUGACCUGGACCUUUGUCUACUAACAGAAUAAUGGCCUAAUGGAAUUCUGUGUUCUUGAAAGCAGGAUGUACCUCUUUCUUUUUAGCUACAGAACCUCUUAGGAAAUGUUAUUGAAAAUAAAAGGGAAAAACUAAUCAGUAGAAACUUAAAACUCUAAUUGAUAAAUGAAUGACCGAAUCCUGUAUUUAGAAGUUCAUUUCAUCAAAGGAGACACUGUAUUUGAUUUUUAGAAAAGGAAACUACUAAGAGAAAAUGUUUCUGACUGAAAGCUAACAAACGUUAGUGUAGGCCCUGAAUCAUGUAUAAUGUAUAUUGUCAAACUCAGAGAUAGUUUUCCUCACAGUUAAAUUUUUCAGUCCCAGUAGAAGGGGUUUCUUGAAAACUUCAGCCUCCUUUGUUACUGAAAUAAUUCAGAGAACGUCCAAAAAUGUAAAUACCUAGUUAUAAUCAUAAGGUCCUGGAAAAAAAUUAAAGAAAAAUAAAUGUACUUCUGUUAUCUGAGCUUUUACAAAUUUUCACUGAUAUCAGGUUUUACUUUUUAAAUAAAGUACCCUCUACUGAAAGGUAUUGUAAAAUCAUAAAUCAUGGGAAUUCCAUGCACCAUGUGAUGGGGAUUUAUCAGUUGAAAUAUACAUUCCUUUAUCAGACUUUUUCAUCACAUCAUUAUGUUCUCUUAGUUUGUUGCUACUGUAUGCUACUUGGGAAAUAGUUUUGGAAUCACAUGUUUGUAUGUUCAGAAAUUAAGCUUUAUGUUUAUAAAUUGUCUGAAGUUAAAUUGUAACAUCCAUCAUGCACCUUCACGGGAGUAGCCAGUUUGUCUUGUUUUGACACCAUGAUAAGCUGUAUCUUCCAGACAGUAUGCGUUGUUUCAAACAAAUCAUUGCAUUUUAUCUGUUCUCCUACAUCUUAAUUUCUUGAAGUUACAAAAAAAAAUUGAACAAUAAACUAUAAUGCUUCAUAAAAACAAGUAUUUUUCAUGCAUGUCUUUAUCUCAUUCAGUAAUCAGACCCAGAGGGGACUCAGAAGGGUGUGAUGGUGGCUAAUGCUAUGCAGAAGCCCUUGAGUCCACUUAGUAGAGAUGAAGAAAAGUGUAUGUAGAGGUCUCCUGUGUAUUCACAUAUGAAGGAGGCAUAAAGGCUCCUGCAUUUUUUCAGCUCUGUCUUAACUCCUUGUAAUGUUUUCCCGUAGCCGAGUAAACAGUGUCUUGGGAGAAAGAGGGAGGAGAAAAAGAAUUGACACAACUUGUAUUAAUUCAUGAUUUUCCUAAUUAGAUUGUGGUAAUACAUUAGAAAUUGUACACUUACACCUUGUAAUCAAUCUAGUCUGAAAUUCAUUUUAAACAAAUAGAUCCCUAUUACAGUAAAUUUUAUAGUAUGUUGAUUUAAAGUGCAAAGUGCAUCAUCUCAUUAAUCUAUUUCCACAAUAUAAUUAGAAUGAACAGAAUUAAUUGCUUUUAAUUUUUGUCCUGAGGAUGGUUUGGCCAGAUAGCUGAAAAACACUUGACAUCAGAGCACAGAAAACAAUCAUACAGACUUUAUCUAAUUAAGAAGUUUUCUUGUCUGUACAAAGUGUGAUACAUUUUAAAGACUAUCAAAUUCCAGGGUCACUUGAAAAUCUUCAGGAUCUUUUUAUGCAUAAUAUAAAGGGGACUAAAUAGAAAAAUAAUUGCAAAUGAUAUAAACCAUGUAUUUUAUUACAUAUACACACAAGUAAUACCUUGACUACUUUAAUAAACCAGUUUGACACAUUUCAAAUUAUGAACAUGAAAAUUGAGUAAAUAUUGUAAAAAUGAAUUCAGUAACUAGAAACAAUGAAUGAUCAUUUUGCAUGUGUGUAUUGUUGCAGUACGUUCUUUCAAUCCUGGGCAUAAUUCUCCUUGUCAUUAAAGAAAACAAUAUAUUUUGCUUCA